CGGGUUAGCAGCGCCACCAACAGGAAGUUUUGGUAAAGUGGAAGUAGAAAGCGAAGGUGCUGUACUUCACAAAACAGCAUGAUGCUAUGGACUUAUAUUUAGUGUAGAAGAUAUUAACUAUGGAAGAAUGAUGCAUUAGUUUCCGCCAUAUCAUUUCAGCACGGCAUUGAUUGCGUUGGUCGAAUCGUCAGUACGAGUCCACCAUGUUACAGCAGAUUCUCCAGACGAUGACCGUCGACCCUGACCUCCUGUCAGAGCUGUCGGACGAACAGAAGGCCAUACUGUUUGUCAAGAUACGGGAGGAACAAGUCCGGAGGUACAAUGAGUUUGAGAAGAAGAAUCAAGAUGACCGGAUCCCAAGGAAACCCAAGAAAGGGAGAAUGAACGUGGACUUUCUGUUGGGCAAGAACGGCAGGGAGUGGGUCUGGGUGAUGGGAGAACACAAACACGACAGGUCUAUAGAGGAGAUGAUCGAGUUAGAGAUUCAGGAGAGUGCACUCAAAGAGGCCGAGCGCGAGAUCGAGGAGAUCAGAAAUGAAAUGUGGUGAUAAUAAACAGUGUUCCGAGGUCCAAAGAAAAAAUACAAAACAGGAGCAGAGGAAACAUGGACCUCUACAAAAAUUAGAGGUAGGAUCAGGUGGCAUGAAGGAGUCAGCAUUUUCUGCUGAACGGUCCUGACAUUGUAUGACUUUUGGAGUUUAGUGUUUGAUUGUGUAAAUAAUGCAACAAAUCUUGACUUCUUACUGAUUUUAUGCAAUGGUCAAAAUGCAGCAAAAACAUUUUACCUUUGGAAAAUUUGAAUGCCUCGUAAACAUCAUACUAAGGUUUUUUUGGUCUAGAGUCAAAAGACCUACAUAUUAUGUCAUUUGUGUAGUUUUAAUUCUUUGUUUAAAAUGGGUUGUUUAAGAUUUCAUUGAUAUUUAAAUGUUUAUUUUAAUUCUUAUUUUGUAGUUUUAACUUGUUAAAAGUUUAUCAAUAACAUGUACACUCAUAUGAAAAGUUACUGUAAUGAAAUUUUUGUUUUGAGUUGGUCAGACGAAUCAGAAGUUUCAUGUACUAUUUGAUUUUAGCCUAUAUUUAAGCUUUGGCUUUCUGAUAUAUCAUUAAGCAAUGUCAAUGUCAUAGUUGGAGUCAAGGAUUUCAAAUGUCCAUAUCUUCAAUAAGAUUGAAAGUAAGGUCAUAAUCCUCAUCCAAGUUAAUAAGUCUACACGACAUGAACAUGUAUUAUAUUCGGUGUGUUUCAAUUUUUUGCAUUGAAUCAAACUUAAUAUUUCAUUUUUUAGAUUUUAUUUUAACGAAAAAAAUACACUUAAUGUGAAUAUUUAACAUUGAGUUUUGACUUUCUUUUGCAACCAUAAAUGUCUAUUUGUCUGAUGAUUCAAAUUUGAAAUGCCCAUUUCAAGUACAUGUACACUCCAAGUACAUUUGUAAAUGCAGUGCCAGAAGCCAACCUACCAAGUUUCAUCUGAAUCAGAUCAGGUAUACCAUAGUGUAUGUGUCAGGAAUCAAUAAACAGUGUGUAUUACUGAUAAAAAACAUGAUUUAUAUAGUUAAUAUAUUCUUUUUGAGAAGGUAUUACACCUUUUAAGAAUACAUCAAUGCCAUGGAAAUAAUUCAAAUGUACACCAUGGUCUAGCAAUUGUAAAAUGUUCCUAUUGUUGAUCUGUUUGCAACGUAGAAGAAAGUGAUAAGUUUUACAUGUAGAAAUUUUACCUUUGUUGAUAUAUUUUGUAUUUUCAACGUACAGAAAAGAUGUGAUUGGUCACAAUUUAUGCAUACAGUAAACUUGAAAAUAAAAAUAAGACGUUUUAACAAUGGUUACAUUUGAAAUGUCUUUUUUGUGAUAAAACAACAACUUAGAUUUUGUUUUUAUUUUUUAAUAAAUUCAUUAUCGGCACAUUGCUUCUUCAACGAAGUCACAUAGUUGUUUUUCUCAGCAUGGAAACACAAAAUCUGCGUUACUUGAAAAAUUGAUACAUAUCAAAUUACAUACACUGUUGGGGCACAAAAUGAUGAAAAUAAUAUAAAAAUAGUAUGAGAGAAAAAUGACUCACUUUUAUCAAAAUAUCAUAUAGCUGCAUAUUUCAAUGGGUAAGUUUAUUUCUAUCCUGAAAAUCUCCUGUAAAGAAGAAAUUAAUUCUUGUAGAAUUCUAAAAUAAACGUCAUAUCAUGAAGCAAAUUCAGAACGCUUGUUCAGAGUGGACUAUACCUUUGUUAACUUGACCGCUUUGCUUCCUCUGUAGCACCACCAAAUGUUGACCACCUCCUCAUCUGAUGGUUGUGUACAAGUUCACCAGCUGAGCUCAGGGGAGCCCAUUCCUGUUUCAUCCUUGAAAGUUCAUAAUAUUGAGGCCUGGAUCACAGUUUCAGUUACUGAGACACCAAUGUUGUCUGCACAGGUUUGAUGUUAACUAAUGGGCUAGAAUAUGAAAAAGUCUUCUUCACUAAUACUCUUCAGUAAAAGCUAUGAUGAGCACCUCCUUGCGUGGAACUGCAGACAGAUGAAGCAUCCACUGGCAGACACACAUUUAGGCGGGACAUCUGUAGGGUCAAUUGGCACCCUGGUCACACACAGCCACGAUGUACAAUGGUUACCAUGUGGUGGACACAAAAUAUAUCUCAGAUGGAAAGAUGGAUGUAGUACAACACUAUGACAGAAAUGUUUCCCUUGGUUACGGUGCUGAUUGGUGUCAUAGCAACGUCUACAACAGCCUCGUAGCAACGUGAUCAUUUUAUAAUUAUUCCUUGCAAUUAUGGAAUUUUACAAUGAAAACUAGGAUGUUGGAUAAAUAAAAGUAAUUUUGGAAAAAAGUU